AUGGGAUGGUUCUGGGCGGAUUCGCAGCGGCCGGCCGUUGCGCCUGCACCCAAGGCGGCUGCUCCUCUCACACCUCCACCUGGCUGCCCAAUGCAUGAGUCUGCGGCCCCGCGUCCCGCGCCACCUUCCAACGAGUCCGGCUGCCCUGUCAAGAAAUCAUCAAACUCGCCUUUCAACGCUCUAUCAAACACAUUCUCCUCAGAACAUGCCACAACUCCUGCCGGGGACUCUUCUUCGUCCCCUUCUUCAAGCGGCGCAUCCAAGAUGAACCCGCUAAACUACAUGUUUUCGUUCAUUUCCCAAGAGCGCGCAGCAAAUCAAACGGUCGAUCUACCCGUUGAGCGAGAGAUCUCGUCAAUUCCGCGUGCCGACGGCGCAGAUGGGAACUGGGAAUACCCAUCUCCACAACAAAUGUACAAUGCCAUGCUUCGAAAGGGAUAUACGGACACCCCGCAAGAUGCUGUGGAAUCGAUGGUUGCCGUGCACAACUUCUUGAACGAGGGCGCAUGGACGGAAAUCGUCGAGUGGGAGCAGAUUUUUGCCAAGGGAUUGAAGAGCGGCUGGGACAGAUGCCGUCAUGGGAAUGAGAAUCUUUCCACGGAGCUGGCCAGAGAGCGAUUGACUUCGGACGAGGAACAGCCGAGUCUUAUUAGAUUCCAGGGUCGUCCUCGGGACCUGAGUCCCAAGGCCAGGGUCCUACAAGCUUUGGGAUGGCUAUAUCCCGAGAAGUAUGGAACUGAGCCCCCUUUUGACCGACACGACUGGUACGUUUCGCGCCAGACUCCUUCUGGGGAGAAAGAAGUUCGCUAUGUGAUCGACUACUAUUCGGCGCCCCCGGAACCUACUGGUGAGCCCGUGUUUUUCCUGGAUAUUCGCCCAGCCGUCGACACUCCUACCGCUGCCGUUGAACGACUAAUGAGAUGGGGCGGCGACGUUUGGUGGAAAGCCAGCGGUGGAGCAGUCCGAGACACUGCAAGAUAA